AUGGCUAGGCGCCAUGGAUGGCAACUUCCUGCUCACUCAUUUCAGGUUGUUGCUAUAACAGUUUUUUGCCUACUAUCCGUUGCUUUCUAUGUAUUUUUUGCUCCUUUUCUUGGAAAGGACAUCUAUGAAUACUUGGCCACGGGCAUUUAUUCCUUCCUGGCGCUCUCGGUAUUGAUACUUUAUGUUCGGUGCACGGCUAUUGAUCCUGCUGAUCCUGGGAUUCUUAUUGAACCUGAAAAGACCUCACCUCGUACGUCACAUGUUGGGACGGAUAUGCAUGGGAAUUCAUCUAUGAAUGAGGAGCCUACUACAAAAGUAGGAUUGAAGAAUGGAGGCAAAUCUUACAGUCAUGAUACAGGAUGGUGCUCAAAAAUCGCAGGUUGCCUUUGCUGUUUCAUUGUGAAGGAGGAUUGCCGAAAGAAUGAAGAAACUCCACAGGAACCAAAUGGCGAAGAGGAAGCUUUGUUCUGCACGUUGUGUAAUGCUGAGGUGCGCAAGUUCAGUAAACAUUGCAGAAGCUGUGACAAAUGUGUUGACGGAUUCGAUCAUCAUUGCCGGUGGCUGAAUAACUGUGUGGGCAGAAAAAACUAUAUCACAUUUAUAUGCUUAAUGGCUGCAAGCCUUCUCUGGCUUGUAUUUGAAUGCGCUGUGGGCAUUCUUGUCCUUGUUCGAUGUUUUGUGGACAGAAAAGCUACUGAGAAUGAUAUUAUUGACAGGCUUGGAGAUGGGUUUUCUCGCCCGCCUUUUGCUACUGUGGUGGCUGUGUGCACUGCCGUUUCUCUUCUAGCAACUAUGCCUUUGGGAGAAUUGUUCUUCUUCCAUAUCAUUCUUAUCCGCAAGGGUAUAACAACAUAUGAAUAUGUUGUUGCUAUGAGAACACAAAGUGAGGCGCCUGGACCUUCGGUAGACGGAGGAGACCAACAAAGUUUGCCGUCUUCACCAACAAGUUCAGCUGUCACUGCCAUUAGUGGGAGAAGCUCUCUCGGAAAGGGGUUGCAGUAUAAAGGUGCUUGGUGUACUCCACCUCGCAUCUUUAUGGAUCAUCAGGACGAGAUCAUUCCUCAUCUAGAGCCGGGACGAGCCCCAUCCACGGUCGACCCAGAUGCCCCACAGCCCGACAAGGGAAAACGUGCGGUCCAACGACCCAUCCGAAUCAGCGCGUGGAAGCUUGCCAAGCUGGACUCCAACGAGGCCCACAAAGCCGGGGCCAAGGCCAGGGCCUCAUCAUCCGUCCUACGGCCCGUGGGCUCCAGGCCCCACCCCCAUGACCCCGACUACGUAUCCAGCACCACCAUGAGCAUCAGGAGCAGUCCUGUUAGCGGCCGGCACGUGUAUUACGAAACUACCCCCAAGGCCGGCACGUCGAGGCCGUCCCCAGGAAAGAGCUCAUAUCCACCGAGCCGAGCCAGCGCCGACAUGUGGGCCCGCAGCCUCAGUAACCUGAGCAGCCCGCUCGCGGUGAAUCUCAGCCCGUCGCCUUUCGGCCAGGAAUCGUCUAACGCGGACUCGAUGUAUGUGUCGCCAACCAUGAAUUCGCCGGGGACCAGCGGCCCGAAGGAGCUGCCGGGCCUGGAAAGUGGGCCAAGUGUUCCAGUGAAGAAGAAUAAUCCAGGCCCGGGGGAGAAUGGGAAAUCGUCUGUGUAUUGGGAUGCGGAGGCGGGGCGGUUCGUGUCGGCAGCCACAAGGAGCGUGGGCUCAUCAUCGUCUUUGGGGACGGAGCUGACGUACACGGGGCAGUCGAUCUUCUUUGGGGGCCCGCUUGUGAGGGAGCAGCAACAGCAGCAGCAGCAGCAGAGGGGGUCCGCGUCGAGUUACUAUCAGCAGGGGAGAUCACAGCGUGGCGGACAUUGUGUUUUUUUGAGAAUAGAUUAG